CCUAGAAAAGACUGGUUAUUCUCUUCCCACAAAUCCUUUCAUCGUACUGAAAAACACAAAUAUCUAACAUCAUCGGCCAUGUUUACUCAUAAUUCAACACAGCAUGUACUGAAGAAAUGAAACCUAGGUUUUAGAUCGCUUCCCCUGAAAAGCUUGAACAAGUGAAAACUGCAAUCCUUGAUUUACAGUUCAUAUCAUUAUCAACUGUUCACAAUAGAACUAUUAAUGGCUUCUCCUCCUUCGGGAAAAGACAAUCAAAACUUAUUGUUUAAGACUCACAAACCCCACUUUUUCAAGGUAGUUCUUGAUAAUGCUCUUCGUGAUAGGAAGCUUGAAAUUCCUAAGGAAUUUGUAAGGAAGUAUGGAAAUGAUUUGCCAAGUUCCGUAGUCCUUAAUGUCCCUACCGGUGCAAAAUGGAAAGUAGAGCUGUUCAAAUGUGAUGGUGAGAUUUGGUUCAGAAAUGGGUGGCAAGAAUUUGCUGAGUAUUACUCUUUAGCCCAUAGUUACUUUAUAGUUUUUGAAUAUGAUCAACACAGCAAUUGCCAUUUCAAUGUGCUCAUACUUGACAAGAGUGCCACAGAGAUUGACUAUCCGGUUAACUACAAUGGAGAUGAUGAGGAGAUUAAUAAUCUUGAGAAAGCUGAAAAUGGCAGUCCUCAUAAGAAGACGAAGAUAGAGAAACCCACAACAAAAUUUGAACCAAAGAGAGGCGAUGCUGAGAAGCCUAGAAAAAGAAAGAAGUUCAAAAAGGCGGUUUUGAAGGCACAAAAAUUGGCACAUGAUGAGAAAGAGGUUUUGCUUCAGAAAGCAAGAAUGGUUUUCUAUUCUAAAAAUCCAUUUUUCAUGGUUGCAAUGCAGUCUUCAUAUGUUCAUAAAGGAGAGAGAUUGCAUAUUUCAUCAAGCUUUGCCAAGAGGCAUUUGAAUGAGAAGCAUGGUGAUGGUACCCUCAAAGUUAUGGAUGGGAGGACGUGGUCUAUUCGUUACCAUGUGGAAACAAGUAGAGGAAGACCAAGAGUACUGGUUUAUAGCGGUUGGAACAAAUUCUCCCGAGAAAAUCAUUUGGAAGUUGGUGAUGUUUGUGUCUUUGAACUGACUAAUCCCGCAGCAACUACGAUGAAUGUUACCAUUCUGCGCUAUUCUAAAAAUGCCAAUAGCAACCCAUCACUUGGUAACAAGAAGUUGAAACACGAAGAAGAGACUUCCAACUGCCAGCAAUUUAAUAGAUGGGCUUCCUUCCAAAAUGAUAGCUCAAGAUAUCCAUUCUUUAAAGUGGUUAUCCAGCCAUGCAAUUUACGUAGUCCCUUGAAUAUACCAAUGAAGUUUGUUAUAGAACACACAAAGCAAACCACAGAGGAUGUGAUUUUACAGAUUGAAAACAGACGGUGGCCUGUCAAACUACUCAGCUACCCAAGUCAAAGUAAGUUGUCUGCUGGAUGGAUUUCAUUUGCUAAGGAAAAUUCUAUCCGAGUGGGAAAUGUUUGUAUCUUUGAAUUGAUCAAUAGCGAAAGCACGUUGUUUAAAGUCUCCAUUGUUAGAAAAUAGAAAUGUUAAUUAACCUCUUGUAUGUUCAAGAUUUUUCUAAUGUAGCAGAUUUUUCUGAAUUCGAGCUUGUUAUUUAAGAUUGCAAGUCGUUUUUAGAUCGACACAACAACAUUUCGGUUGCUUGGAUUUACAGACAAACAAAUUCAGAGGCUCAUUCUCUUGGUAGAGUCUCCUAUAAAUAUGCUUGUUUUAAGAUUUGGAAUGUAAUCCCUGAACAUUUAUAUGAU